AUGAAUACUAAAUUGAUUGUUGAUUAAUUGUUAAAUAAAGUUGGAGAAUGUCUUUAAGAAGUUUAAUAAUAAUUAGAUGUAAGUUAUUGAAAUAUAUCCUAUGAUUAGUAAUCUUUUAACAGGAUUGAAGAUUUUGUUGAAUAACUUCUUUUCGCCCCUUAUCCACCUGUUGUUCCUAGCACUUUUAAUUUUGAAGCUUCAGUUACUUAAAUAUUUUUACCAUCAAUCUAAACAUUCACUAAUAAACUAAUUCAAGAAGUGAAAUAUUUAAUCUAUAUAACUAUUCAUUAAUAAAUUAAAUACAGUCAAUAUUAAUUUGAAUAAUAUCUUACUGAAUUAUAAAUAUAUGAAAUAAAACAAUAAAACAAAUAACAAGAUAUCAUAAUAAAAAAUCAUCAUUAAUUAAAUAUCAACUCAUUUAAUUAUAAUUAAUUAUAAAAUAAUUUAAUUUAAUAACAUUAAGAUUGUUAUGCAAUUGCUAUUAAUAAAGAUAAUUCAAUUUUAUUAGCUGGUUGUUAUGAGGAAAUCAAAGUAUUUGAAUUAAAAUAAGAAUAGUUAAAUUAAACUCAAUUAUUAAGUGAACACUCAAAUAAUGUUCUAACUUUGAAUUUUAUGAAUUAAUAGAAUCAAUUUGUAUCUAGCGAUAAUAGUGGAUAUAUUGUAAUAUGGCAAAUGAAUCAAAAUAGUUAAUGGAUAUGUUAAUAGAAAUUAAAAGAACAUUGUGAUAGUAUUAAUUGUUUAAUAAUUAACAAUAAUGAAGAUAUUAUCAUCUCAGGAAGUGAUGAUUAUACAAUUAAUUUUUUGUAAAAUUAGUAGUAAUGGGUAUGCUCAUAAACUAUUACAGAUCAUACACAUUAUGUAUUAGGAUUAAGUUUGAAUGAAUAAUAGAUAAGAUAAGUUAAUAUUAAUAACAGAAUAGUAAUUAUAGGAUCUAAACUGGAAUGUCAUAUAAAAGAUAUAAGUUGAAGUUUUUGGUUGUCGAUUAUGUUUUAUUUCUGAUGAUGUAUUCACAUUAUAACCUAAUUUUAAAGAUAAAAUACAUGUUUAUGAAAUGGAUAAUACAAAUAAAUAAUAUUCAAAGACAAAAGAAAUUGCUGUUAAAAGUAAUGAUAAUUGCUAUUAUCACUUUCCUUAAUAAUAUAUAAAAUAGAAAUUUUUGGUUGUAAAUAAGAAUGGAAAAAUUUUUAAUCUAAUAAAGAAGAAUGAAAAUGGUGAUUUUAUAACACAAUAAUCUAUUGAUUUUGGAGAUUAUUAUUUAUUUGGAUAGAUGAGUGAAAAUGGUCAGUAUUUGAUAACUUGGGAUAUGAAAUCAAAGGAAAUUUAAAUACGAAAAUAUGAUUAAGGAUGA